UCCACUGCCUCUCCAGAGCGGCUGCAGUUCCCUGCUUCUCCACUCUCUCUCCCUCCAUCUCUCCAAGUGCUGGCGGAAUACCGAGCUCAGACAAAGAAAGCUCAGGAGAACAGAGGAGAGAAGUGAAAGAGUGUGCUUUGAGGGACAAAUAAAGCGUUUUAAAGAGAAAAAAAGAAAGACGGGUGCAGACGUUCAGACCUACGGUGUGUGAGGAGACAGAGAGAGGGAGAGAGAAAGACAGUGUCGCCAUUUCACUCCCGGUUUGGUUUGAAGAACUAACUGGCUAACUACAAGAGAUGACAUUAGAUCAGUAGAGAAAUACUCAUUAAAAGCAGCCUUACUUGUGUGCAUUCCUGUCAGCAAAGUGCCAUGUUUAGGAUCAGAACCCGAGCAGGCUGAGGGUAAGCUUGGGUUUGAGGAGAAGAAAGGGUCCUCAGGAGAAGAUGUGAUUUGUCUGGCUAGAAGCUCCAUGACCCCAGAGGGUUUCCUUGCUUCGAAAAUGAGUUUUGAGGAACAGCUUUGAGGGACACACAGCGGACGAUUCUGCCUAAUCGCACCACACAGGAGGCGCUCCUCAGAAAACACAUCUGUCCCACCAUCAACCAGUAAAUCUCAGAUGGAGGUGGAUGCAGCCGAGAAGCGUCAUCGAACACGAUCUAAAGGUGUGCGAGUUGCCGUGGAGGCUGCACAAGAGCUGUUCAGCUGUCCCACACCUGGAUGUGAUGGUAGUGGACAUGUUAGCGGCAAAUAUGCCAGACACAGGAGUGUGUAUGGAUGCCCCUUGGCUAAGAAAAGGAAAACUCAGGAGAAACCUCCGCAGGAGCCAGCUUCCAAACGCCGUCCAUUUCUAACUAUGGCUGAUGGUGAGCCCACCAUGUAUGAAAGCUAUGAAGCCAUGGAGGAGGGUGAGGAGAGGGAACACGAAGAAGUAGAGGAAGUGGAAGAAGAGGAGGAGGAAGAGGACGACGAAGAAGAGGAGUGCUCAGAUGACAAUGAGGAGCCGGGAGAGGAAGAAGAGGACAAGGAAGAAGAAGGAGAGGAAGAUGGAGAGGUAGAGAGAGAGGAAGUAGAGGAGAUAGAGCAAAUGGAGGAAGAGGUAGAAGAAGAUGAGGAAGUUGUGGAGGAGGAUGGGGAUGAUGAAGAGCAGGAGGAUGAAGAAGAGGAGGACGAUGAAGAUGAGCAUGAAGAAGAGGAAUACUAUGAAAUUCAGAGUCAUCAUCAAAACGGCAAUUAUUCAAGUGGUGGACAAUCAAAAUCCAAUCAAAUACUUGAGAAGGACAAUAACAAUAACAUUAACAAUGAGGAGUAUGAGAAUUAUGAUGAGCUUGUGGCCAAGUCUCUUCUCAACCUUGGUAAAAUUGCAGAGGAUGCUGCCUACCAAGCCAUGACUGAGUCAGAGAUGAACAGCAAUUCUUCCAACAGUGCAGGUGAGGAUGACGACGAGGAUGAAGAUGAAGGGAGCGAACAAGGAGGCCAUAAGGGAGAGUUGAGCGUCGACUUGGAUAGCGAUGUGGUACGCGAGACUGUGGACUCCCUGAAGCUUCUGGCCCAGGGACACGGAGCUGUGCUUCCUGACGAGGGCUAUGCAGAUGCCGGGUCUGGGGAUCCUGGCUCAGCUGGCCACACUAACGGACGAGGCCAGACGGAGGAGAGUGAGGAGGAAGUGUGUCUCAGUAGCUUGGAGUGUCUGCGCAAUCAGUGCUUCGACUUGGCUCGCAAACUCAGUGAGACCCAAACGUUCGAGGGGUCCACGAUGGAGGUCCAAGUGCAGCACCAGAUGGAGCAUCAGCAUCAGCAGCAUCAACAGCAUCAACAGCAGCAGCCUCCAAUGCAUCACAUGCCUAGGUAUGACAGCUGCCAGAUGGACCAGCACAGACCCCUUGAGAGGAACUACUCAGACAUGGUCAAUCUGAUGAAACUGGAGGAGCAGCUCAGUCCUGCUUCAAGAGGCUACCCCUCUAGCUGCGCCCAGGAAGGGGAUGAAGACACUACAUCAGUGGCCUCCGAACGUUCCGAUGAAGCUUUCGACAUGACUAAAGGCAACCUGUCGCUGCUGGAAAAGGCCAUUGCUCUGGAAUCCGAGCGUGCCAAGGUUAUGCGAGACAGAAUGGCAUCAGAACAGAUGGUGGCUCGGAGGGACAAUCAGCGCCUUCAUGGAGAGCACAGCCCAAGGCAGAGCAGCAGUGCAGAAGAACGCAAGGCCCGACUCCAUCAUGAUGGCGCAAAAAGAGCAUAUUACCCUAAAGAGAUCGAGAAUCAUCAGACCAGGCAACAUUUUUCCAGUCUUCAACUGUCCAAUUUUGACUCAAGGGGAGAGAAAAAAGAAAGCAAGUGUCCAACCCCAGGUUGCGAUGGCACAGGCCACGUCACUGGACUCUAUCCUCACCACCGAAGCUUGUCUGGCUGCCCUCACAAAGACCGCGUGCCACCAGAAAUUCUUGCAAUGUAUGAGAAUGUUCUAAAGUGCCCCACGCCUGGCUGCUCAGGACGCGGCCAUGUAAAUAGCAACAGGAACUCCCACCGCAGUCUCUCGGGAUGUCCCAUAGCCGCCGCUGAGAAGAUGGCAAAGGUUCAGGAGAAACAUCACCCCUGCGACAACUCCAAAUCUAACCAGGCGUCAGACCGUGUCCUGAGACCCAUGUGCUUCGUAAAACAGCUGGAGAUCCCACAGUAUGGGUACAAAAAUAAUGUCCCAACCAGUACUCCACGAUCCAACCUGGCCAAGGAGCUAGAGAAGUAUUCCAAAGCCAGCUUCGACUACAGCAGCAGUUAUGACAACCAGCCUCAUGCCUAUGGCAAGAGGUCCCUCACCCCGAAGCACCACGGGCGAGACACCUCACCCAAAGGAUAUGAUGCCAAGCGCUAUUGUAAGACCUCGAGCCCGGCCAGCAGCACCACGAGCAGCUACGCUCCCAGCAGCAGCAGCAGUCUCAGCUGUGGAGGAGGAGGAGGAGGGGGUGGAGGAGGAGGGGGAGGAGGAAGCAGCGCCAGCAGCACCUGCAGCAAGAGCAGCUUCGACUACACGCACGACAUGGAAGCCGCCCACAUGGCCGCCACCGCCAUCCUCAACCUGUCCACGCGCUGCAGAGAGAUGCCCCAGAGCCUCACCGGGAAAGGCCCAGAACUCCUGGCACAGAGCCCUGAUGACAGAGAUGGGGAUGAGAACGGAACCCUGGAUCUGAGCCGGGUUGGAGGGAUGGGGGAGGGCAGUGGAGGCACAGUGCUGACCCCCCUGCAGCCCAUGUCGCCCCAGCGGCAGGCCCUGCUCAACAGCCACUGCUACCAGAUGAGCACUGCAGACUGCUGGGACCUGCCUGUGGACUACACCAAGAUCAAACGCCUGGACGAGGACCACAAGGAGGAUGACCUGGACCCGUUUCAGGAUCUAUUGGAAGAGCAGCAGUAUUCAGGAGACGUGCCUCUCCCCAGUCCCAAACACAAAUAUGCUCCCUGCAAAGAGAGCAAGAAGGAGCUCCUAACGCUAUCAAGCUGCCAACUGGCUGACAAGGGCAUGCGUGGUAUGAUGACAUCUAACUCCCAGGAUCUGAAGUGUCCCACUCCUGGCUGUGAUGGCUCUGGGCAUAUCACAGGCAACUACGCCUCACACAGAAGUCUGUCAGGUUGUCCCCGGGCAAAGAAGAGUGGUAUUAAAAUAAUGCACAGUAAGGAGGACAAGGAUGACCAGGAGCCAAUCAGGUGUCCUGUGCCAGGCUGUGAUGGCCAGGGUCAUGUGACAGGGAAGUAUGCAUCCCACCGCAGUGCAUCCGGCUGCCCGCUGGCCGCCAAGCGUCAGAAAGAUGGUUAUGUGAACGGAGCGCCUUUCUCCUGGAAGUCUGGCAAGACAGACGGCAUGACCUGCCCCACCCCAGGCUGCGAUGGCUCAGGCCACGUCAGUGGCAGCUUUCUCACCCACCGGAGUCUGUCCGGUUGUCCCCGUGCCACAUCUGCUAUGAAGAAGGCAAGGAUGACCGGGGUUGAAAUGCUCACAAUCAAGCAGAGAGCAAGUAAAGGCAUAGAAAAUGAUGAGGAGAUUAAACAACUGGAUGAGGAAAUCAAAGACCUGAACGAAUCGAACAAUCAAGUAGAGUCAGACAUGAUCAAAUUAAGGACUCAAAUCACCACCAUGGAGACUAACCUGAAGUCCAUCGAGGAGGAAAACAAGGCCAUUGAGCAGCAGAACGACUCGCUGCUGCACGAGCUCGCCAACCUCAGCCAGUCCCUCAUCAACAGUCUUGCCAACAUCCAGCUUCCCCACAUGAAACCGGUGCCACUGAAAGAGGCCCCUGUUAAAAAUUACUGCUGUUUACAGAUGCCCCACAGAGAGCCGAUGAACGAGCAAAACUUUGACACUUAUGUGAGCACUUUGACAGAUAUGUACACCCACCAGGACCAGUACCAGAGCCCGGAGAACAAGGCCCUCUUGGAGAACAUAAAGCAAGCGGUUCAAGGCAUCCAAGUGUAGCUUUGUGACUGGCUUUUAUUGGCCAAGUAAUGGGGUCAUGUGAUCAGAGCGUUAAGAAACAAAAGAAACCCAUCAUGUAAAAAGUAUGGAUAACUAGUAUGAUUUUUUUUUGCUGCUGUAAUUUAUUGUAUUAUUUGGUAUUAUUUAUGAUUCUGUUAUGCUUUUGACAAAAAAAAAAUACAUAACUUAUUUGUUGCCUUGCUUUAAGAUGACGACUACCAAUGGCAAAUGUUUUGAGGAACAUUCAUGUUUUGUAAAUUUUUCAUAUGACCUGACAUAAUGUGAUGUACUGUUUAUAGCUGCUAAUGUAUGCACAUUUUAGUGUAUAUGUAUUUAUUAAUUGUAAACAAAAACCAUCCAUUAUUUUAAAUCUAAAGAGGUGCAGAGGGGAUGCAUUUAGGGAAUGUAAGGGCAAUCAGCUUCAAACUUGAGCUUCUCUUUAUGGAGCUAAUGGGAACUAAUGUGCUGUGCAGGCUGUUCAAUGGGUGUACAGAGGUACAUUUCUGUGGUUCGAUUUUGGGUACAUUUUGUAAAAAUAUUGAGAAACGUUGUCUUUUGGUUCCAAAAUCAUAUUUAUAGUGGUCAGUGUGGGCACUCUAAUACAGUAUGUGUAUUGUUUUUAUUUUUGCUUGUUAGUUUUUUCUUCUUCUUUUUUUUUCUCUCGUUUUAAUUCCCGAAACAGAUGGAAAAUUUGAAAAAAAAAAAAAGAUUUGUGAAUGCAAACAUCAUGACACGGAAACUCACUGGUGUAAAUCCCAAGACGUAUUUUCAAAGUCCAUUCUCUAAAUGUAACGCCCGGCUGGUUGAGGCCAAUAUCUACAGAAAAUUUCAAGGAGACAAUCCAACAUUAAUUCUUAAUUUAAUGAUCGUAAAAUGUUAGUGGUAGUAUGAUAGAAUAUCAGCAAUAUAUGAUAACGAAUCAAUCAUUUAUUUAGAUAUGGGAUGCAAAAGUUUGGGUAUAUGCAAUUUCUUAUUCUUACCAUAGUAGAAAGCUGAUGAAUCUUUUUACUAAAUGUAAAGUAUUAAGUUUUAUAUAAAUCUUUUAAUACAGUCAUGUUUUAGCGUUUAAACAUGGGUGAUCAAGUCCAAAAGGAUGAAUGCAUUAUGGUUUCACAUUUCUCAUGUUCGAUUUUGCACAGGGACACCUUUGUUUCCAUGUUUUGGUGUUUUUAUUUGUUUCAGGAGACCAAGGAGGUGCCCAGACGUUUGAAUUGUGGGAAGUUUUCUUUUCUUUUGAAGGAAGUAAAUCUGUGUGUGAAUGUUAGUUUAUCAGUGUGCUGGAUAUACAGGGUUAAUGUCACCAUCCAUACAUAGUAAUGGAGCACUUGUCUUGUAGAUUUCGUCCAAACAAUCAUGUAAAGAUUCAUCUGGUCACGAGUGCACAACAAAUAUGACUAUAUCAGCAAUGCAAGCUCAUCAUAUUACAAUUAGUGAACUCCGAUCAGUUAUAUACAGUAUUAAGAGAGGUCAGCUUGCCUUCUGUGGUAACCUGCGAUUCACUUUCAUCGCUUAUUUUUUACGUUUCUGAGAAAUCAGCGGCACUUUAAGCUCUAAGAAUUAUGGAAAUUGAAGAAGGAAGCAUUUUUGAUAAUUAAACGAUGAAACGGCGUGGCACGGGUCAAGAUUACAGUUGCGCGUGGGCAGUUUCAGUCGUUCAGAGGGUGGUUUACUGACAUGACCAGUUCAUAUUACUCCAUUAUAUCUUAAGGAUAUGUACAGUUAUAGUCUGGAAUCCCCCCUUUCGUCUUUAUUUAGUCAAAGCCCGUUCAAAGCAUCAAGCAAAUUCACAAAUAGGGCUGAUUUUCAGUGGUGGAUUUUAAAGUUGUUUGUAUUUAUCGAGCAUGAGUCGAAACUGUCACAGUGAUUUUUAGUGUGAAAUGACUCUGGUUGUUGCUGAUGCUCUAUGUGGGGCUUUGUUCCAGAAAUCUAUGAUUUUGUAUUAUUAUUACGACUAGCAUUAUGUUUUCCAAGAGCUCAUGCAAAUGGUGCUAGUCACUCUUAUUUAUCGUUCUGUAAUAUCCAGACAUCUCUUCCCCAACCACAGCACAUUUCUCUCUCUGAAAGCUUUGUGUAUGCGGCUUAUUUCCAAGAUAGUAAUGCUUUUAACACACUGAUAGCAAAAUACAAUAUCCUCUCAUUCACUCCCAUAACUGAUUUGACAGGAAAAGGGAUUUUAAGCACAAUUCCGCUGCUCAUUUUCUGUUGGCACAUAUUGUACUAUCUACUUCAAAAGGUUAUCUGUGACUAUUUAAAUACAAAACUCUAUCUAUGGUGUCACAUGCUUGAAUGCAGAAUACUUUUCUUAUUAAUAAUUGUGAAAUCAUCAGGUUACGAGUUUCCAUUUCAAAUGGAUUUUAAUUAACCAUUUUAAACCAGGAUUUUUCUAUAAAAAAAAAGAAAGAAAGAAGCAUAGCUUUCUUAAUGUCUCUUGCUCUCUUCCUCUAUCCAGCUCUUUAGCUAUCGUUUUCUCUCUUGUUUUAUUUUUCAACCACAUGGCAUGAUUUCUGUUGGUAUGAUACUUAUUUUGCUCUAAGUGUUUAAGAUCACAAGUUGCAGUGAUAUUUCAUUUUGAAAUUGUGAAAUUUGUACAAUUUUUAUCAUGCUGGUGUUGACAUCUCUUACUCAAUAAAACUUGUGUUGCCACAUUA